UAGAAAGAAAAAAAAAUAAUCAUUUAUAUUACCGAAGAUGAACAAAUCAUUCUCAUUUACUGUUCUAAUUCUUCUCGUCGUUCCUGUGCUAGUAAUAGGAUUGGUGGAUGAUAUAUCGCAAAAAAGAGAAAGACACCCAACAGAGGGGUGGUGUGCUAGGCCUUUACCUGACCAAAAACCCGGGCGGUGUAACCAAGACCGUUGUUUGGUCAGGUGUCGAGAGCAUCAUAAUUUUAAGUUUAAAGGAGGGAAAGCAGUGGGUACUUGCACAACUAGUAAUACUUGCUUUUGCACUUAUCGUUGUCGAUAGUUUUAAUGCAUGUUACAAAUAAAAAUCAUUUUUUCUUUUUGUUUUUUUUUGUUUUGACGCCUCUUAUAAUAAAAUAAGCAUAUAAUUGUCGAUUUCAUAGUAUAAUAAUUUGUAUUAGUGUUAUUACCAAAUUUUGAUAUAGUUUAAGAUCUGGUAAUUUCCGUGUGUUAUAGAGGGAAAAAAAACUGAAAAACUCGUUGUCUAAUUUGUUAU